GAUUCCCUUACCUUUGCAAACCCAGAUCUGGGUUCUCUUUGUCAAACUUUAUCUUCUUCCUCCUUUCCUCCUUCAAUAGUUUUGUCUCCUCAUUCUCUAUCAACCUUCAUCCUUCUUUUCCCUGCUCAUCCUUCUUCUUUCUUCUUCUUAUUCUUUCUCUCUCUCUUCUCCCUUAUUCUUCCUCUCUCAAACCCAGAUUUGGGAAAUUAAAUUUUUUGUUUUCCUAAAAGAAAAAGAAAAAGAAAAAAAGAAACUAGAUUUUUUGUACUGCAUAUUGGUAAAACCAAAUCCAAAAGUCGUUCCCAGUCCCAUCCAUUUUUCCCAAACCCAUCCCCUACGGUCAAAAACACCUCUCUCCUCCUGUAAAAAUCCUACUCAUGAAACCCCAAAUUGAAAUCCCUAACGGCUAAUGAUGUCGAUUUUCUUUCAAUCUCGCAUGUUUUGUCUUCAUUCCAGAUCUGUCCAUUCCAGAUCUAUCCAUCUCGGAGUUCUGUCUUCCCUACGCUACUAUGCCCAAUGAAUUUAUGUUGUCAGAAACCUCUAGCUGCCUCCCUUUUCUCCUCGGAUUUCGUUGCUGCAGUCCAAUAUUCAUGAGCCACCAUUUUCAAGCCGCUGCAUUAAGUCUCUGUUGACAGCUAUCUUGCCCACGCUGCUCUGCCAUCUGUACAGUUAUUACAGCCGCAAUCCCAUCUCAUCUAAACCCUUGCUGUUCUUUGUAUGCGUUAUUGAUAUGCUUAUCUAAUGCUAGAUUCUUGAAGUAUUAGUGCUUGUAUCUGAGAUGGUCUAGGUUUGUCGUGUUUUUGCCUUUUGGAUCUGAAGUCAAUGUGAGCAUAUCUCUCCUGAUAGCUGGCAGAUAGUAAGGUGUGUUUUCAGUCUAAUUUGUAUUCAGUGUUUUCGAUUGACUUUUGGAUCCUCUUUGUGCUGAUUUGAACAAAUUUUAACUGAGUUG